CAAGACUUUCUCUACAUCAGCUACUGAAGAGUAAAAAAAAAAAAAAAGAAAAAAAGGAAAAGUCUCACUUCUAAAUUAUUAACGAUUAAGCCCUACUUAUCACAAUGCAUUGCCUGAAAAGUCUAAGGACAACUAACCCGGGACUCUUGCAGAUACUUAAAAAUGCAGGGAGCUCUGCCAGAGUUGGAUCUGACAACAAUGUUUUGUCCAGGACUCUGCAACCUGUUCCUCUUCCCUGCUGGGCUGCAGCAUCACCUCACACCCACAGAGCCUUUCAUCACCAGCAGGGCCCUGAUGUGGACCAAGGACACUCCAAAAGUAGGUUGAUGUCCGGGAUGGAGGAUCUGCUUUUUUACACCAUCACUGAGGGUAAAGAUAUGAUCCCCCUCUCCCAGUUCACUGCGGCGCUGAGAAAAACUGGUUUGUUGACAUCUGACCCUCGGCUGCGUGACUGUGUCUAUCAGAUGAGACAAUCAUCAAGUGACUCUGUGGGGCCAGUCAUGAUGGACAAGAAGCUCUUCAGAAGGUGUAUGGGCAACAACAUUAUGCUGCUGACUAAGGCCUUUAAAAAAAAGUUCAUCAUCCCUGACUUUCAGGAGUUUGUCCAGCAGAUCAAUAAAAUGUAUGACGAUGCUCAGCAGCAGGAGGGAGGACAAGUAGCUGAUUGCAUUCCUCAGUUAGCCAAGCUCAACCCUGAUCUUUGGGGUGUGUCUUUGUGCACCAUCGAUGGACAGCGGCACUCUGUGGGUGACUCCAAGACUCCCUUCUGUCUGCAGUCAUGUGUGAAACCCUUGGGGUAUGCCAUCGCUGUACAUGAUCUUGGCGGUGAACAAGUUCACCAGUUUGUGGGCAAAGAGCCCAGUGGAUUCAAGUUUAACACACUGUCGCUAAAUGAGGAAGACAAACCACACAACCCAAUGGUAAAUGCUGGAGCUAUCGUCAUCAGUUCCUUAAUAAAGCCUGAUUUAAAUAAAGCAGAAAGAUUUGACUAUGUGAUGGAGUUUUUGAAAAGCAUGACUGGUGCAGAGUAUGUGGGCUUCAACAAUGCAAUUUUCCAGUCAAAGAAGGAGACAAGUGAUAGGAAUUAUGCAAUUGGUUAUUACCUCAAAGAGAAAAGGUGUUUUCCUGGAAACGCUGACAUGAUAGCAGCCCUCGACUUCUACUUUCAACUGUGCUCCAUAGAGAUAACCUGUGAGUCAGGAAGUGUAAUGGCUGCAACACUGGCCAAUGGGGGUAUUUGUCCAAUCACAGGCGAGCGUGUGCUGAGUGCUGAAGCAGUUCGCAACACGCUGAGCCUCAUGCAUUCCUGUGGCAUGUACGACUUCUCUGGGCAGUUUGCUUUCCAUGUGGGCUUGCCUGCUAAAUCUGGAAUCUCAGGGGCUGUGCUGCUGGUGGUCCCCAACGUUAUGGGUAUAAUGUGUUGGUCUCCAUCAUUAGAUCGGCUCGGAAACAGUGUUCGUAGUAUUCACUUCUGUCAGGAGCUGGUGUCUCACUUCAAUUUCCACAAUUAUGACAACCUGAGACACUUCACUAAGAAACAUGAUCCAAGAAGAAAAUCAGAUGACGACCCAAACAAGUCAGUAGUGACCCUGAUGUUUGCAGCAUACACUGGUGACCUCACAUCCCUGAGGAGGUUUGCCCUUUCUGCUGUGAACAUGGAGCAGACGGACUACGACUCGCGAACAGCGCUCCACAUUGCCGCUGCAGAGGGCCAUGUUGAAGUUGUAAUCUUCCUAACUGAAACAUGCAGAGUGAAUCCAUUCUUGAAAGACAGAUGGGGGAACGCUGCCGUGGAUGAUGCCAUGCAGUUUGGCCACAAUGUUAUUGUUUCAAUCCUGCAGGAGUAUCAACGCAUUUACUCUGACAGCAAUUCAACAUGUGAAACUGAAGAACAGAAGAGCACACUGGACACACUGAAGAGUGUUGUGUAAACAAGAAGGGAUCAUCAGAGCUUGUAUGAGAUGAUUAUCUACAGUGCUGUGCAAAAGUUUUAAGCCACUGUUAGAUCUGUUCUUUUAGUAAAAAGUUAUAAUGACCAGACAUAAGGAUUUUUCAGUCUCUGCAUCAGUAUAUCACCUGGAAGAAAUACUAUGUCUAAACAUGCAGCAUUGAAAACAACUGUAAAUUUAGAAAAGAAAAAAAAAAAAGCAUAGUUUAGAAAUUCUAUGGAUCAUCCAGACAGCAAAAAAUUAUAAAAGACAGUAUUAAGAAAAACUCUGAGAUGUUGUACCUUAAGUUUGGUUUAAUAUACUUUUAAAUCAUUUAGGAAAACUUCAAGACGUUCGACUCCACAGUUUAAAAUGAACCAAAUCCAAAAAUGGAGUUCACAUUAAAUUCAGAUUUUUACAUGUAGAAACCACAAAGCUGUAAUUUAUUUACAAUUUAAAUACUUUGCACUGAUCUCCUGCAUUAUCUUACAUCUCAAUAGAUAGAUAGAUAGACAGACAGAUAGAUAGAUAGAUUAAAAACCACACUCAAGCAUUAAAAACUCCCCAACACAUCAAUAACACUAUACAAAAGAUAAAAACAAGUAAAUCACAUAAAAUGACUAAAAACUCACAAAUGAAAAUACAUGUUCAUUACAACCCUACAGAACCAGCGUGUACUGGUAUAAGGCUUUUGCACAGUAUUGUAUUUUUAUGCACUUAUGAGGACUUGAGGGGCACAAGAGGGUCAGAGAAAUUACCUGAUACUUAAAAUAUGACAACGAAUAUCAUAUAGUAGGAACAUCGGGGAUCAUCCUUUAGAUUGUUACAAGUUAAAAGUCUAAAUAGUUGAGGAUGCAUUUUUUAAAAGAUCAGAUUAAACAUCUGAGUAAUAAAUAUCAGCUGAGCUAUACUGAAGAUGACAGGAAAGAUUGUCAGAUGGUAAUUGAAGUGAUUUAAGCCACUAUGAUAUAAAUACAUACCUCAUAUAAUGUGUUUGUUUGUAUUUUAAAUAUUGAAAAAUGUUGAUCUACAGAUAGGAUGUUUUUGAUCAGGGCAGUGGAUGCCUCCUGUGUCUUAUACUUAUAUAUUCUUAAAGCAGCCUUAUUAAUUAUUGCCUCAAAUGGAGGUCAUUCAUGUGUACUUGAGCCUGUAAUAGUAAACCUGUGCCAAUUCCUUUAGGCCCAUCAGCCUGUUUCUAACUCAUGUAUGGCAAGUUAUAAGUAGUAUUAAUUUAUUGAUUGCACAAAUAUAUUGGCUGAACAUUUAUAUCGGCAAACAACAUGUACACGUAAUGGUAAUGGCCAAUGUUUAUCUGGUGAGUUAUAUAUUGCUGGUUUAUUGAGACAAAGACUGUCUGAUGAAAGGUUUAAAGAGUGUAAGACAGUUUUCAUAUUUUUGUAUUUAAAGUGUCCCUAGAUCAAUAGGGGGAAUAAUAAAUAAAAAAAA